CCUCAAUAUAGUUUUUGUGUGUCUACCUUUUAAACACACUGAAAAGGAUAUCUAUGUUCCUUUAUACAACUAUUCAAAAUUUAUUGAAAGUUAAUGGCAAAGUUUGUUUGAAUUACGUAUUUGAAUACACGGCAGUCGCUUUUAUAGAAACGGGAGCUAAAGCAUUUAUUCACUGAUAAUAGAUUUUGUCAAGGUGCAAUAUAAAAGUUAAAGAAUGGUAGUUUAAAUUCCCUGGUUACGGUGGGACUGAGUGACAGAUACUUUCAAUUUUCACGCAGAAUGUGGUAAAUAUAUAAUAGUAAGGGAUAAAUUCUUACAAACAUCAACAAUAUUACAUAUAAACACGGAUAUAACUUAAUCUUAGAUUCUUUAAAACGGAUUAAAAUUUAUUUUACUUUUCCCGGACGAUCAUAGUUUCCAUGCCAACAGAGAUGCCGGGACGAUUUUACACAUCCUAUGAUGUAUACAGAGACUAUAAUUCAGACGAGCUUUUGAACGACAUAUAUCCAGGCCCGGUUGACGGCGUGUAUACUCCUCAACCGAUGGACGGCAGGAUUACCCCUCAGUUUGAAGACAUGUCUCCGGCAAAUGGGCGCGUGUCGUCAGGGAGACCAAAGUCAAGGUUAAGAUCAGCAGGACGUCCACCCUCACGUUUGGAUGUCGGCGUUCAGCCAGCAGACCAGCAGCAUUUAAAGGAUUUUUACGACACACCGCCUAUUCACACGGAGAAGAGACCUAAGCCUGUGAUCUCAGAGACCCAGUAUAACUAUGCAAUACCUGACGAGUCUGUGCGGCCCACAUCACCUGUUCAACGUCUUCUCGAGAGGUGGCAUACACAACCCAACAUGUCACUACAGGGUCCACAACCGGGUUCACAGAUGGACACUAUCACCCGACAGUAUUACCACCGUAUGUGGAGCUCUAGAGGACAGCCUUCCAACUCGGAUUUACAUUUGAAUCGUUACGGACGUGCUGGUGGAGUAUGGCGGCAUGUACGCGCAUGUGUAGCAAACACAGGGACGCAGAUGGCAUUUAUAGAUGGUACUGUAAAAGAAGAAGACAAUGUAUUUUUCCCACCGUGGCAGACACCAUCAGCUUCAAAACCCAGGAGAGCAUUAUUCACAGCUUAUAGCAGUCAACCAAACCAAAUUACCGCCAAAUUUGUACCCCAAACCCAGAAGUAUUUACCCCCUAAAUCUGCAAAAUAUAGGAACAAAUUCCAUACACAUGCUAAAGAAGGAUUGAAAUACUGGUAUCAGGAACCUAAACCUAUAGAUUACUCUGCUAAAUAUUCUUUUGGUGCCGGAAGUCGUUGGAUGGGAAUACCAGGAGAAUCUCUUCAUCCCUUACCUGUCUAACCCUGAUCUUAAGUAAGGGGUGACACAACAAGGCUUCGAGCAAGAAUAGUUGGAAACGUUUUUGGAUAAGGACACAUUUCGGAUUGGAAUCAAUGCCAUUUUUGGAUCAUACGAGUGGUUCUAUUCUGACUGACGGGCAUCAGAAUACUAAAGACACAAAGUUUUCUGUAAAUAAUUGAAGGUUUUCAUGAACUGUUAUAAAGUGGAUACACCAUACAGACAAAUUUCUAAUCUGAUAUAGUUUGAUGUGAUUAAAUACUUAACAUAGUAUAUUGAACAAGACUGUGUAUUUAAAACAGAUUUUAUAUUAUGCAAAAGAAACACAUUUGAAUUGAAUUAUUUUCAAAGAGCUUACUCUUGUAAACGUCUAAGGGCGUUAACGCAUACACAUACAUAUGUAUAUAGAAAGCUUCAUUCAGUCGCCAAAUAAGUAGAUUAUUUGUCAAAAAAAAGAGGAAUUACCUUAAACGAUCUAAUACAUAAACGAAUUAAGAUUUAUCUGAACUGAUGGUUCAAAUGCAUUUAUUCGACUAUUUAUUACCUUUCAUACCACUCGUUUCGGUAGAUGAUACAUAUGAAUGUUAUGAUCAUAUUUAUUUUGUUAUUUAUUGGAAUUUGUUGUAGAAUAGUUUACUUAGCAUAUAUAUGUUUCUUAACUCAGCUGAAAUAAAGAGCCCCAAUGUCA